GCAAUUUCCCCGACCUUCCUCUCUUUCUCUUUUUUCUUUCUUUCUGUAUCUCUCGCGUAUCGAUCUGUCGACUGAUGCGUUGACGGCGAGUUCAUCUCCCAGUCUUGGCGUCCCCUGUCGAUUCCUCGAGUCGUUCUCAAACCCCUCUCCAUCACCCACCACCACAUGCUACUUUAAGUCCAAUCGAUACCUCCAGUUUUUGCACGAUGCCUUCGCGCACUCGUCAAAGCGCCUCGAAUACGGAGGUCGCGGAGCCCGAUGACCCCUCCGCGCUUCGUCACCUCAAAUUCAACGAACCGCUGACCUGGCGCGUCGGACGUCAGGCCAUUCCCAUUGCCGAUCUGCUGCGUCGUCUGCAGACGCUGUCGCAGGAACUUCGCAAAUUGGAACAGGAAGAGGUGGAGAAGGACUCGCUGAAAAAGGUCUCGCAGGAACUGGCGACCGCGCAGCUGUUGGCACAUAAGGAUAAGGGCGUCCGCGCCUGGGUGGCUUGCUGUGUUGUGGAUGUCUUGCGACUGUGCGCUCCGGACGCGCCGUUUACCGCGAAUCAAUUGAAGGAUCUCUUCACCUGCAUCGUCACCUUCAUCAUCCCCACCCUAGGUGACCCCUCCAACACCUACAAUGCGCAGCAUAUCUACGUGUUGAACUCCCUCGCGGAGGUCAAGAGUGUCGUCUUGAUGACCGACCUGGACCAGCCCGACUCAUUGAUCAUUCCGCUGUUCACCACCUGCUUUGACAUCGUUUCCGGCUCCUCGAAAGCCUCGACCGGCGAGGAGAUCGCCAAGAACGUCGAGUUCGACAUGACCCGGCUGCUGGUCACCGUCAUCGACGAGACCCCCGUUCUGGCCCCCGAGGUCGUCGACGUGAUUGUGGCCCAGUUCCUGCGCGUCGAUCCCCGCGUCGUGGACAACCCCAGCCGCCGACCGCGGCGCGGCGAUGCACCAGUCGAUGCGAAGCAGGGUACCCUGCUUUUGAAGGACUACCCGCCCGCCUACAACAUGGCCAAGGCCAUCUGCCAGGCGUGCCCGGAGCGCAUGACCAGCCACAUCAGCCAGUAUUUCAACAACGUCAUCAUCGACGCCUCGGCCUCCGCCAAGUCCGGCUCCAACGGCAUGUCCAAAGGCGCCCAGCGCCGGCCCAACCUCGACGAAUCCGACGAAGAGGGCGAGGACAUCAAGGAACUGAGCAAGGCCCACCGUCUGAUCCGGGAGCUGUGGCGCGCCUGUCCGGACGUGCUGCAGAACGUCGUCCCCCAGCUGGAGGCCGAGCUGUCGGCGGAGUCCAUCUCCCUGCGCCUGCUGGCGACACAGACCAUCGGUGACCUGACGGCGGGCAUCGGGGUUGCCGGUCCACCCCCACCCCCGCCAAUGGACCCAGCCGCCUACCCGCCGGUGACGCUGGCAGACUACGCGCAGACCAUCCCACCGCCGAACAUCCUCGUCUCCCCGUUCUCCCCUAAACCGUUCUCCCAAGCACACAGCUCCACCUACGAGAGCUUCCUCAGCCGCCGUCUUGACCGCUCCGCCUCCAUCCGCGCCGCCUGGGUAACAGUUGUCGGCCGCAUCCUCAUGACCUCAGCUGGCGGCGCGGGGCUCAGCGACUCCGAGGAGCAGAUGCUCAUCGGACACCUAGCGUCAAUGCUGCGGGACGCAGACGAGAAAGUGCGAGUCGCCGCCGUCGACGCAGUCAGCACAUUCGGCCUCGCCCACAUCGUCAACAAGCUCGGCGCCAGCGGCGGCUUCUCCGACGCGGACUCACCACUCUUCAUCCUCGCCGAGCGGGUCAAAGACCGCAAGCCGCAAGUGCGCGAGCACGCCAUGAAGACGCUCGCCCAAGCGUGGGCCGUCGCAGCAGGCGAAAUCGAGCAAGACCACGAGCAGGUAACGGCCCUCCUCAAAGACGGACCGUCCAAGAUCUUCGACGCCUUCUACACCAACGACCCCGACAUCCACGUGUCCAUCGACCGCGUCCUCCACGAGAUCCUCCUCCCGCUCAACUAUCCCCCUAUCAAGGGCAAGCUGUCGCGCAGUAGCUCGACGCAGUCUUCGCAUAAGGGCAAGGAGCCGGACGGGGAUGCCGAGGUUGAUGUCGAUAUGAUCCGCGUUCGUCGGAUCCUUACGCUUCUUAAGGGUCUGGAUGAUAAGGCGAAGAAGGUUUUCUUUGCGCUGCAGGCGAGGCAGAUCUCGAUGAGGACUGCUUUGACUAUUUAUUUGCAGGCUUGCGAGGAUUAUAACGGUGGCGUCAUCGAGAAAGAUGAACAGCAGAUCAAAGCCCAGCUCACCAAAGUCAUCGACACCCUGUCUAAAACCCUCCCCGAUCCGUCGCGCACGUCGGCCGAUCUCUGGAAGUUCGCCAAGGUGCACGAUCGCCGCAGCUACCAGCUGAUGCGGUUUGCGAUGGCCGCCAUCAGCGACCACCGCACGGUAGUCAAGGCCAUCAAGGAGCUCUCGCGACGAAUCCAAAGCGCCAACAAUUCGCCGCUGCUGGAAUCCCUCACUCCCCUGCUGUACCGCGCCGGCUCCCUGAUCUUCAACAAGAGCCACAUCCCGGCCAUCAUCAGCCUGUCGCGCACAGGCCAGCACGGGCUGGCGAACCCCGCUCACGAGAUGCUGCAGGAGAUCUCGUCGCGCAACCCGGAAGUGCUGGAAGCACAGGUGCAAGAGAUGUGCAAGGAUCUCGAGUCGCAGGCGCCCAAGGCGGCCACGACCAACGCCUCCGGCACGGAGGAGAUCCUGAAGGCGUGCUCCGGGUUCGCCAAGAAGCUGCCGUCCAAGCUGCCCAAGGAACGGCGGUUCUACCAGGCGCUCGUGGCCUACGCGCUGUACAGCCCGUCGCCGCGGGCCGCCAAGCACGCCGUCACGAUCCUCAUGGCCACGGCCGACAAGCGCGAGAUGUACGCGCGGGACCUAGUGCACAAGUGCGUCGCGAAGUGGAAGUACGGGGCAGACCGGUUCCUGACCAAGCUGGCCACCCUGUCCCAGCUGAACCUGCUCGCGCCGCAGGAGGCAGACGAGGAGAGCGACGCGAUCGUCUCGAUCGCGGUGAACCAGGUGCUGCUGACGAAUCGGUCGCCGCAGCCAGACGCGGGGUACUCGUGGACGGAGACGACAGACGACGAGACGGCGGCCAAGGAGUGGGCGCUGCGGAUCAUCGUCAACCGGCUGCGGGCGAAGGGAGGGUCAGACGGCGAGGCGGACUUCCGCGCGCACGCCGAGCCCGUGUACGACACGCUGAACAAGCUCAUCGCGGGAGAGGGCGAGCUGUCGAAGAAGAAGGACACGCCGGCGGGGCAAAAGUCCCGACUGCGCCUGCUGGCAGCCAAGUCGCUGCUCAAGCUGUGCGCGUCCAGCACGCUGUGCGACCAGCUGCUCACGCCCGCGCACUUCAACGCGAUCGCGCUCGUAGCUCAGGACCCGCUGCCCCCUGUGCGGGCAGGCUUCAUCGGACAGCUGAAGACCAAGCUAGCGCAGAAGUCGCACCUCAGCCACCGGUGGUACACGAUUGCGUUCCUUCUGGCGUUUGAGCCGGAGCCGAGCCUGAAGGGCAGCACGCUGACGUGGCUGCGCUCGCGGGCAGCCUUUUUCCAAGGCGGCGGCAACAGCAGCAACAAGAAGAAUGACCCGGUAAUGGAGUCGAUCUUCUCGCGCCUGCUGUCGCUCCUCGCCUACCACCCAGACUACCCGCCCGCAGGUCUAGACGCCGCAACGCAGCUGACCGACCUGGUCGACUUCGCGCGGUACAUCCUGUUCUACCUACAAGCGGUCGCAAACGAGCACAACCUGUCUCUGAUCUUCCACGCCGCGCAGCGCGUCAAGCAAGCGCGCGACGGGAUCACCAAGUCCGACGAGGUCUCAACACGGCUGCACACGCUGUCCGACCUGGCGCAGGCGACGAUCCGCCGGUUCGCGGACGUGUACGCGCAGCAGCGCCGGCUGGGCGGGGCGUCGGGCGGGGCGAAUAUCCUCGAGGCGUAUCCGGGAAAGAUGGGGAUCCCGAGCUCGAUCUUCGCGCCGAUGGGCAGUCAUCAGGAAGCGCAGGAGGUUGCGGAUAAGAGCUUUCUGCCGGAGGAUGCGGACGAUUUGCUGGAUCGGAUGGUGCGGUCUGUUAUGAAGUCUGGGGUGAGCAAGAAGCGGAAGACGGAUGAGAUGGGUGGGGGAGGAGGAGGGAAGGGGAGGUCGAGAGGGUCGAAUCAAUCGAGGGGGUCGAAGCGGGUGCGAGUUGAGGGGAAGAAAGAGUCGAAGACGAGUGGGCGGGUGAAGAGAAAGACGGACGAGGAUGAUUAUGAGGAGGGUGGAGCGGGGGGGGUGGCUGGUGGAAGUCGACGUCGGAGUAACCGGGGAGGAUCUCGACGCGUGAGUUAUGCGGAGGAUAGUGACGCGAUGGAUGAGGAUGAGGAUGAGGAGCAGGAGGAAGAGAACGAGGACGAAUCCAGUCAAGAAGAAGAAGAAGAGGAAGAGGAAGAGGAAGAAGAACAACAACCACGCAAGAAACUAACAGGAAAAGAAAGCAAAGACAAAGAAACGCUUGACUCAGACAACGACAGCGACCUGAGUCCCCCACCGGAGUCUCCUUCAGCGUCAUCAUCACCAUCACCACCGCCAGCAUCGCCGCCACGACGAACACCCCAACGAACACCACAGAGUGGGAAAGCAAGGGGAAAGAAGACGACGACGCCGAGCAGUCUACCGACGAGGCGAUCGUCACGGCGGUAGUCAUAUCAACUGGCUGAAGUAUGUGUGUGUUGCUCUUCUCUGUAUUCUUUUCUUUAUUUUUCUAUUCUUUUCUUAUCUCGAGAUUCAUGUUCGAUUCUUGUCUAUCUUUAUUUUCUCUAUUUCCCAUCUGUUUUCUUUUUUCCCGUCUGUCUACUAUCAUGUUGUUACGUAUGUAGUUGAUUGUGAUUGCUAGUGUGUUUAAUGUGAAAUUGUAUACCC